CAACCCAACUACCCGCUUUGAAACUAAAGGCAUGCCCUUCUUUCUUGCCGUCCUUCCCUCCGUCGCCGCCGUCGCCGCCUUCCGAUUCCUCCGUCGCUGCCUCACGCCGCCGCCCCACCUUCCAAUCCCUCCUCCUCCACUCAUAUCCCCCUCCACCAAACCCUUCUCCACCAACCGCCUCUCCUCCUCCAGCGGCACCACCAUGGACGGCCACCGCCCCUCCACCCUCCUCCUCCUCGCCGGAAAAUCCGCCGAAGAGAACGACCUUGCGCAAUCGCUCAAGUCCAAGACUGAAACCCUAAAGCUCGGAGGCGAAGAAGAAGAGAUUAGAAUUUUAUUGCAACACGAGAUGGAUUCCAUUACUCCCCCGACCUUCAACUCCCAGCUCUACAUGGACGCCCUCUCCACCAGCCUCUUCGGGAGGCUACUCAUCUGGUCCCCGAGGCUUUCCUCCACCCACGACCUCGUUUCCCAGAAUUUCUCAGAGCUUCCACUAGGUACGGUGUGUAUUACCGACAUCCAGUUCAAAGGAAGAGGUCGAGCGAAGAAUGCGUGGGACUCACCGGAGGGUUGCCUUCUGUUCUCAUUUACGUUACAAAUGGAGGAUGGGCGCAAGCUGCCUUUGUUACAGUAUGUCGUGUCUCUCGCAGUGACAGAGGCGAUCAACGAGUCAUGCCGAGCCAAAGGAUUGCCGCAACUUGAUGUUAGAAUAAAGUGGCCCAAUGAUCUAUAUCUAGAUGGGCUUAAAGUUGGAGGCAUCCUUUGCACCUCAACCUAUAGAUCAAAGAAAUUCAAUGUUUGUUCUGGUAUUGGCUUGAACUUGGAUAAUGAGAAGCCAACCACGUGUUUGAAUACAACACUGCAAAAAUGGGGUUCUGGUACAAAUCGACUAACUAGGGAGGAUAUACUUGCAGCAUUUUUCAAUAGCUUUGAAAAUCUUUAUGAGAUCUUUUUGAUUCAAGGCUUUCAAGUUCUUGAGGAGCUAUACUAUAAGACAUGGCUUCAUAGUGGCCAGAAAGUUAUCAUAGAGGAACAACAUGAGGGAAAAUCUGUGGAACAGAUCGUAGUUACAGUUCAGGUAAUGUGGAAAUGUAGAAUUUCUUUAAAAAAUUACAAUCCAUGUGAUAUCUCUUACAUCAUUCAGGGAUUGACAUCAUCUGGAUAUCUAUUGGCUACUGAUGAGGACAAGAAAAGCUAUGAACUUCAUCCUGAUGGUAAUAGCUUUGACUUCUUCAAAGGACUAGUCAGGAGAAAGUUGGGGUGAAAAUAAAAGGGAAGUGCUAAAGAGGCAGCAACAGUCAAUGAGGAAAAGAGUAAAUGAUGGGUGAGGAUUUAGUUUCUGCUACCUAUUAACUGAAGUUUUCUAGCAACAGAGGUGUCGAAUGAGAAUCCAACUAUGCUACCAUACAUCGGUUUGUAUAGUUAAGAAAAAUUACUCGUCGGUUACAGAAUUUUUCUUUUGAUGUUUAAUGUAUAUUAGCAUGUUUCUUGUCCAGUAUAAGGGUUGUAUACGCUACAUGAUAUCAUUUUUGUACUUGGGCACCAAGCUAGAAAAAUAUAAUAAGACCUGAGAAGAAUAUCGGACAUGUCCAUGG